CAGAUAUCUCUGAAGAAUCAGCCUUGGAUAUGCCUCGAAAAUUACUCCCGUCACGACCUAGCGUUCCUCGCGGUCUUGCAUCUCUUGCACAGCGGGGCCCGAGGGAGUUGUUGAAAAUGGAAAGAACCGGAAAACAAUGAAUAAACGCCGGAAAUGACUUCAACCCUCAAUACGAGCGAAGACAUUUGACGUCGCUUAAGCAGGGGAUUCCGAGAUAUGGCACGUCCUGAAUCGCUUACAUAUCAGGGGCUAAGCGAGUUCGCAUCUCAACCCCUUUUCAUCAAUAUCGCUCUCCAAGAUGCUGAGAUGGGAAAAAUUGUCACCAGAUUUCCUCCCGAACCAUCUGGAUACCUUCACAUCGGCCACGCAAAGGCUGCCUUUCUAGAAGAGCGAUGGGAACGAUGAAGACGAAC